GCAUAAAGUGGUAAAUUCAUGCAUAUGACCCUUGUUUGGCAAAUGAACAUGAUGGAAAUAUGGUUUUGAGUGUUAAUUUACCAUAAGUGAACAACCAGAGUGUAAAGUGUUGAAAUGAGUGUGGAGCUGAAUGCAUGCGUGUUUGUAAUUGGGCAAGUGUGUGUGUGUGUGUGUGUGUAAGAGUUGUGCAGCUCCUGAAUUUUUAAUUACUGUGUUAGCUGAAGGUCCUUAAUCAGAGAGAUGUCUCAGGACACUUUGUGUUAUUCUCCUCCAUCUCUCUUUGUGUUUUACUCGUUCUCCCUCUCACACAGAGACACACAUCUCAGACAAAAUAUCCUGCAUCACAGUCUCAGAUCAGUUUAUACACUCAUGUUCUUUCUGCCUUUAUCUCAUGCUUUCUUCUUGCCCGACCUUUUUGUCUCGCUCAUUUUUCCUGACACUCAUCCAUAAUGGGACUGUUACCUUCUGUUAAUUAGUGUUACUGCCUGCUAGUGUGAUCCUGGGCGUGUCCUCCAAGAUAAGUGAAAUGUGACUCUCGCAUGCAUGUGUAGUGAGUUUAAGACUACACUGAUAGGAUGUGCAAUAGGAAAUGUCACUGAACACUUUAUUUCCACCCACAGCCAGAGUGAAAACCAUUCUGAGAAUCAGAACUGCUGCACAUGCUCUCAGCAUCUGCAAUGGUGAUGAAACAGACAUCACGUGGUUUCUCUUUGAACAUGUGCCUCCUCAAGAAAAGUGCACUCGUCAUCAUGUCCGGCACGGUCCUGUUGGCCUACUACAUGGAGUGCACAGACCUGUUCAGCGUCCACGUGCAGGGUUUCUUCUGUAAUGAUGCUGACCUGAUGAAGCCGUACCCUGGCACGGAGGAGUCCAGCUUCGUCCCUCCUCUCAUCCUGUACUGUGUGGUGGCCGCUGCUCCGACGACUAUAAUUUUUAUCGGAGAGGUGUCCAUGUACAUGAUGAAAUCAACGAGGGAAGCUCUGUUGGCCCAGGAGAAAACAAUAGUGACAGGAGACUGUUGUUACCUCAACCCCCUCAUCCGCCGCAUCAUACGCUUCAUAGGUGUGUUUGCAUUCGGUCUGUUUGCUACAGACAUCUUCGUCAAUGCAGGCCAGGUGGUGACUGGAGGUCUCUCGCCCUACUUCCUGUCUGUUUGCAAGCCCAACUACACUGGCACCGAGUGUCGCUUUAAUCACCAGUUUAUCGUCAACGGCAACAUCUGCACCGGGAACCACGUGGUGGUGGAGAAGGCUCGGCGGUCGUUCCCAUCUAAGGACGCUUCGCUGAGCGUUUACUCUGCCGUUUACCUGACGAUGUACAUCACCAGUACAAUCAAGACCAAGUCCAGCCGCUUGGCCAAACCAGUGCUCUGUUUGGGCACACUCUGCUCCGCCUUCCUCACCGGCCUCAACAGAGUUUCAGAGUAUCGAAACCACUGUUCAGAUGUAGUGGCUGGAUUUAUACUGGGAUCAGCUAUUGCAUUGUUUCUGGGUAUAUGUGUGGUGAAUAACUUCAAAGGUGUCCACAGUGCAGCGGCAAAACAGAAGACUGAGGAGUACCGCGGUCUGCCUCUGAUGACUUUCCCCCGUGUGGAGAGCCCACUGGAGACCCUGAGCGCACAGAACCACUCGGCAUCGAUGACAGAGGUCACAUGACUAAGGGGGCAGCACCGGGUCACGUUUGCGUCUCCACAGCACUUCCAGACACAAUGACGAGGACGCAUGUCACGUGGCUCCGAAUGCUUACAAAAACCACUCCUGAUAUAUCUGUUUAAAUCACCUGGGGGACAAAAUACACCAUGUUUGCAGUGGUUUUCAUUUAGUUGGGCUAUGCUCAGUUCAACCUCCCAAGGCACACAGAUCAGGCAACAAUAUCACAAAUCGCAACAUAAGCACAGAUUGUUUUUCCAGGUUAUUUGAGAUCAUUGAAACAUGGGACAUUUUUUUCCUCCAAGGUGUGCUGUUUGUAGUUAGAGGACGGUGUUUUGUACAUUUUGUAUGAGCGAGUGCCGUAGCCUAUCCUGACGAUGUUAAAACCUGCACACUUCCUGUCAGCUGACUCACUCUGUUUUACAUCACAUCCUGCCGGGUGAAAUGCCUUGUCAAUCACCACAUGUACCCCACUCGGUUAGAAAAAUCUGCUAUGGAAAAAAAAAUAUUGAUGUUGUUGUUCUGUGGUGUUUGUCAUUUGUACAGAAAAAAGACAGAAUCCUUCUUUUUAUUAUCUCUGUACAUUAACUGACCAUGUCAGGUCAUAUUUUUUAUGGAUUUUUGUUAAUAUGUAUGACUAUUAUGAUCCAUUUGGACCUGUUUGCCUGCUGUAAACCUGGAUAUGUUUUGGUAUCAGUUGUUUGGGGAACAACUCCUCUCCCCUUAGGAGGAAAUGGCAAGGAUGAGUCACUGAAUGCUCAGAAAAUGUGUUUGUGCACCUGUAGUGACAUGUCAUCAGGCUAAAUAUACAAAAAUCUGAUUGGCUUAAAUGCAUGGUAUCAGUGUGCUUCACCCCAAUUUGCAGAUUUACUUUGAUGUUAACAGGAAGCUCUCUAUGGAGAGAUCCAGAGGAGCUAGCCCGUGCCAGAUCCGUGUAUAGACUAUGCUGGUAUGGUUUUCCAAUUAUAUUUACUGAAAUUCCAAUGGAAGACAUCCCUAAUAAGUACAUGGCGAAAAAUAUAAGAGAUUCUUUUCAAGUGAAACUGAGUAAUUUACUUGAGGCCUGGUUAGUCCUCCUCACUGAAAACCAGGCUAAUGACUCCUGCUUCACUUUUCCUCCUCGAGGUACCCCUCCCUCUCCCCAACCCACCAGUGGAUUGUGAUGCAAUGUUGUGAUUCCAUUUCCUAUUGGAAGAUAUGCCCAGCAUGAAGAGAGAAGUCAAGAUGUUUUAUAGAUAUUACUCAUUAUCAUUGUGAUUACAAUUGUCUUUUACUUUGAGAACAAAAAAAGGCAUUUCAGCUGAAAUGCUACAUAUAUUUUCUUUCUUCGUUUGUCCAAAAAAAUUAAAUAGUCAGUAGCAA